CGACACUCUAAGCUGCUCGGAGCAAUGUCUUCGAGGCAAUGUCUAUGUGUACAAUUGAUUUGGGCGCAUUGACACUCGAAUCAUCGGCUUCGGAUCUGGAGGUCACGAUGUUCAGCGCGGCGACCUUCACGCCUUUAGCACCCGCAAACGAUGAGCAAACCGGUCUCAUAUCCCUAGAUCGAUUGACGGCCAUGCCAGCAGACAAGCCUCUCGUUCGCGCCAGCAGAAGUCUGAGAUAUGCAAUCAAUCUGAAGACGUGCGAAAUAGAUCAUCGCCAGGUGCAAAUCAUGCUUCGUAACUUUGCCGAUUGUCUGAAAAGCGCGCAGGUAUUCGCGGCGUGUAUUAAUUUCCCUAUCCUGACUAUUCGGAAUGUUGACUCUUACAGCUGUGGAAUCAAAUUGAUCUCGUCUUGACGACCAUUGAAGUGACAAACGAUCACGCUUCAGACAGUCAUCGGAUAGAGCUAGUAUUGAUGCCUGCCGACCGGACUACAAACGACCCGCCAAAGCUGGCGCACAAAUUAGCUGUGGGAGCCUCGCCAGCCGCUAUGCGAGUACCAAAUGGCAUAAAGACAAUUGAGAUGUGUGCCGUUGACCUUGAUCUUCGUCUUUCGAGGUCAAGCAAGAAGAAGCAGCCAAAACAGCGCACUAAAGGAGUUUCGCAGAGCAGCGAGAUUCUGCAUUCAAGUCCAACAUAUGUACUUGAGAAUGGCAGUCGUUAUUCAAACGACAGUCCCGCAGACAAUUUCACUGAGUUGUCAAUACGAACUCAAAGACAACACGAGACGGACCUAAGGACUUCACUACAUGACGAUGAUCUGCUCUUCAGUGACGAAUAUGAUGCGUGGUCAGAUCUCACGGCCAUGGAAUGUAAAGCGCCAUCAUCGCCAGGGAUCUUAUUGCCGUUGGAGCGGCGUCCAACGAUGACGUACUCUGAUAACGCAGCUGAGCUGGACUCGAUGCUGACGCUAUUGGAUGCUGCUGUGCAAUUCGCUACAGCUAAGAGUCCCACGCAUGUCGCCAUGGGUCUACGCGUCGUCGCCAGGGAGUCUUUCCGUACUCUGGCCGAGGUCGCACCGGCAAUUUGGACGCCCAAUUGUUGUCGCGAUCUUGCGAACAGAGCGAUGUUUCUGCCCACUGUCGACCAUGCUCUCAACGGCAUUGGUGGUGCCCACGCGAGGAGUGAUACCUUGAGGGCUAAGAUGGCUGAAGUGCAGCGACGUACCAGAACUGGACAUAAUCACCCGGAUAGCUCGGACAUGCAUCAUUCGAAGGCACACCUUGAAGGUUCUAGUGUAGCGACACGACUCUGGCGAGUAUUGCAGCACACGUUCCUCGAUGGCGAAGGUGCGAACGAUUUACGAUCUCUUAAAGAAGCUGUGUCGAGGCUUUUCGCGGAGGACGAGGAUCUUAUGGGUCUGGAUUGGGAUCUACGAUUUGACAACCAUAACGAUGCAGUCAUGAACAACGGGUCCCUUUAUCUUAAUACGAUUCCCGAAUUUUCUGAGGAUGAUAUGCUGGCAACAUGGGAAGAAGACCGUCUAUCACAAAUGAAUUUCAACGACGAGCCGUUUGUCGCCGAUGAAGCAUGUAAGUCUUCAGUCAAGUUUUGCAACACCUCUAAUGUUCAUUUGCAACGUGAGGGCCUCGACUCACCGGUCUGGUCACCUUGCGAGCUCGUGAAUCCACCUGCUUUGUCAAUGCAUAUUGGUCAUCCGCUCCACGUGGAUCUAACAUCAUGGGCGGUGAGCACUCAUGGGUGGGAAGAAUUGCUGGACUUCUGAAUCCAGUCGAGUUCGGACAUGGGCCAUCAACAAGCCAUCCAAAGCUUUCUGAGCCGAGAGAAGGAAAAUAAGCCGCACUCUGCCGAGACCAAUAAUGCAAUACUGUUGAUCCGGUCUGAACAAAACUCAUGUACCUGUUCCACGAAACAGCCUUUAGGAGAGCUUUCCCGCCCCUGUGAUGUGUUUCAGGAACGUUGUGCAGGAGGAACUGCCGUAUUGGUCAAUUAUGCACUCCAUCUUGUAUCCAUAUUCCACUACCUUAUCUAGCA